CUCACGAGCGGUUCCCUUCGCACUUCUCCAUCCCCGCGCCGUCUCCUGUGUUUUCUUGUGAUGCUGCAGAAUGUUCCGUACCUCUCAGGUGUAAGGUUGGAUGUACAGUUUUGAGGAAGACUUGAGGCUAUUUCACACGGACUCUCCUGGAUUUAAAGGUUAAGGAUCUCCGAUGCCAUGCGACCCACCUCCUCUCCUCAGUGAGACAGCCCAUACCUAAACCUCUAGGACCCCACAGGACAGGAGAGAGAUGUGAAUCCAGCUCUGGGCUCAUGCUAUAAGGCCUGAGAGAGAGACCCAGAGACCCAGACUCUGAGAGUUGUGGGUACACAGCAUUAUCUAAUGGAUGGCAGAGUGACUAAGUGAAGGAAGGAACUCAGAACAGAACUGACGUGAGGUCAUAAUGAGUGGUCAGCAAGGCGAGCCGGCCAUUGGCCACAGGCAUGUUGGUGAGGUCAGGAACAACAACCAGAACAGCCAUGUUGGUGAGGUCGAGAGCAACAACCAGAACCAGCAGGCCGGGGGAGGGGGAGUGGGAGCGGUGAUACCCGAUGGGGAUGCUAAUGCUAACCAGAUGAUCCAGAUGGGGGAGGGGGGCAGCGACGGCGGAGGGGAGAGUACAGGAGGAGAUGUUGACACUCUGCCCCCCCUGAUGUCUCAGACCACUGUGGUGUCUCAGACAGUCACAGAGGAGCAGAAGAACAAGAUCGUCAUCUGGGGGACAGACUCUCAGUGUGACGACCCUGAGCUGGCCGAGUUUGAGAUGUUAGAAUGUCAGGAGCUGGAGGCAUACCUGGUAGAAGAAGAGGAAGAGGAGGAGGUGGUAUGUGUAGGAGUAGGAGUGAAAGGAGGUGCACGGCAGAUCCUCCUGGACCAGCCUGUCUCCGUAGUGGAUCUAGUCUCUGACAGUAGAGAGGGAGGAGGGAGGAGGACUAUUCAACGGGGCUCCGGCGGGCAGGAUGCCGCCACCAUGGACUCUGGAGGAACCAGAGGGACGGCGGAGUAUGUGACGAGGACAGAGUUCAGCUCUGAGAACCAUGUCUUGGUGUCCCGCCUGUCCACUAUGUUCAGUCCGGAUGGGAGUCUGGUCAGUGCUCUGGAUGCCGCUGGACGGACACAGGCCACCACCACAGACUCCUGGCACGUCCCCUCUGGACCCUCAGGACCAGAUGGGACCAUCUUAGAGGAUCUCACCCUGGCCUCCCAGUCUUGUACCACCAUCUCAGACCAGUCCAAGGCCUCUCAGCCAUCCAAACAACCUCAGGCUCCAUCUAAAAGCACAAUACAACGAGCUGACCUCGAUCUAAACCAGAACACAACUGUUAGGUCUGAGGAGGUGGUCGUUCCGGAAGCACAAGUCAGUAACAACGUCCUAGUGGGUCGUUGUAAAUGUCAGCAGAACAUGGAGGAAGAUCAGGGCAAUGAAAAGCACAACCAGAAUCUGGAGCAGAGGUACCAGGAUGUUAGAGGCAGUGAAGGGGAGGCAGUUGAGGAACACCAAGAUGCUAGAGGUAGUGGGAGGAAGGCAGUUGAGGAACACCAAGAUGCUAGAGGUAGUGGGAGGAAGGCAGCUGAGGUACACCAAGAUGCUAGAGGUAGUGGGAGGAAGGCAGCUGAGGAACACCAAGAUGCUAGAGGUAGUGGGGGGAAGGCAGCUGAGGAACACCAAGAUGCUAGAGGCAGUGGGAGGAAAGCAGCUGAUGAACACCAAGAUGCUAGAGGUAGUGGGGGGAAGGCAGCUGAGGAACACCAAGAUGCUAGAGGUAGUGGUGGGAAGGCAGUUGAGGAACACCAAGAUGCUAGAGGUAGUGGGGGAAGGCAGCUGAGGAACACCAAGAUGCUAGAGUCAGUGGGAGGAAAGCAGCUGAGGAACACCAAGAUGCUAGAGGCAGUGGGAGGAAAGCAGCUGAGGAACACCAAGAUGCUAGAGGCAGUGGGGGAAGGCAGCUGAGGAACACCAAGAUGCUAGAGGUAGUGGGGGAAGGCAGCUGAGGAACACCAAGAUGCUAGAGGUAGUGGGGGAAGGCAGCUGAGGAACACCAAGAUGCUAGAGGUAGUGGGGGGAAGGCAGCUAAGGAACACCAAGAUGCUAGAGGUAGUGGGAGGAAGGCAGCUGAGGAACACCAAGAUGCUAGAGGUAGUGGGGGGAAGGCAGCUGAGGACCACAAGGUUAUUCCCCCUGAUAUGAACCCCAACUCACCCGCCAAGUUAGGCACAAAUGGGAUUCAAUCUGUUGAAACCAGAAGCUUGAAGAAGCUCGGCUCUUUUGAUAAAACCUCAAAGGAACAAGGCUCCUUGGGGCAAAGCAUGAAGAAAACGACUUCGUUUGAACAAAGCAUAAAGAAAACAACCGUGUAUGAAAAUACCACAAAGAAGUCGGCCUCAUUUGAUCGAAGUUUGAAGAAAGAACCUUUCUUAGAUAGAACGUUGAUGAAAGAGGCAUCCUUCGACAGAACGUUGAGGAAGCAGGGCUCGUUUGAACGCAGCUCCAGUCCUUCUAGCCUGGACGGGAGGAAGCCUUGGGGUAGCCCAAGCAGG